CAGUCUCCUCUUCCACCAAAACAUAAUCAAGAGGAGAAAAAUCCUUUCUGCAAGUGUGAAGCCUCAUUUAGCUAUGCUACAGAACUGCCACUUGUUCUGCUUUCGGCCCAUUCAGGAUGGCAGACACCGACCUUUUUAUGGAAUGUGAGGAGGAGGAGCUGGAGCCAUGGCAGAAAAUCAGUGACGUGAUUGAAGAUUCUGUUGUUGAAGAUUAUAAUUCAGUUGAUAAAACUGCUACGGUUUCAGUGAGUCUGCAGCCUGUUUCUGCCCCUCUGCCGAUUGUUGCCCAUGCAUCCAUAGGAGGUAAUCUCUCUACAGCUACAUCGGUCAGUAGCAGUGGGGCUCAAAACAGUGACAGUGCUAAGAAGACACUAGUGACGCUGUUUGCAAACAACAAUGGACCCCUGCCUCAAUCAGUGCACAGGAACAAUGCUGCUGACCGAAUGGCUGGCAACCCUCUUGUUCAGCAAGGUGGACAGCCACUAAUCCUUACCCAGAACCCAACCUCGGGGCUAGGCACAAUGGUAACACAGCCAGUGUUACGACCUGUUCAGGUGAUGCAGAAUGCCAACCAUGUUACUAAUUCACCAGUGAGCAGCCAACCUAUCUUCAUAACAACACAGGGAUUUCCAGUAAGGAAUGUCCGGCCUGUACAAAACACAAUGAAUCAGGUUGGAAUUGUUCUGAACGUACAGCAAGGCCAAACGGUUAGACCCAUUACCCUAGUCCCAGCCCCAGGUACCCAGUUUGUUAAACCAACCGUUGGAGUUCCUCAGGUUUUCUCUCAAAUGGCCCAGGUGAGACCAGGUACAACCAUGCCGGUCCGACCCACUACCAACACUUUCACUACGGUCAUUCCGGCCACGCUUACCAUCAGGAGCACUGUACCACAGUCCCAGGCACAACAGCAAAUGAGCAUUGCAAGCUUUGUGACUGUGAAGAGACCUGGAGUAACUGGAGAGAACAGCAAUGAGGUUGCUAAGCUGGUGAACACACUGAAUACCAUUCCUUCAUUAGGCCAGAGCCCUGGUCCACUUGUGGUUUCUAAUAGCAGCCCUGCACAUGGUUCCCAGAGAUCCAGUGUUUCAGAGUCAUCAUCCUCAUCGCUGAAAGUCAGCUCUUCUCCUGUCCCCACAUUUGAUUUACAAGAUGGUGGCCGGAAAGUCUGCCCAAGAUGCAAUGCCCAAUUUCGAGUGACUGAGGCUUUAAGAGGACAUAUGUGUUACUGCUGCCCUGAAAUGGUUGAAUUCCUCAAGAAAGGAAAAUCCCUGGAACCUGAACCAAAUAUUCAGCCUACAAAGCCUCCAUCUCCAGAAAAAACUGCAGCUGUUGCUUCACCGCCCUCCUCCACACCUAUCCCUGCAUUGUCUCCACCCGCUAAAGCUCCAGAGCAAAGUGAAAAUGCAGGUGACUCGUCCCAGAGCAAACUCAUCAUGUUGGUAGAUGAUUUCUACUAUGGCAGGGAUGGUGGCAAAGUGACUCAGCUUUUGAACUUCCCCAAGGUUCCAACAUCCUUCCGGUGUCCACACUGCACCAAGAGGCUAAAGAACAAUAUACGGUAA